AUGUAUAAUAUUAAGACAGCAAUAAUUGAUAAUGGAACAGGAUACACAAAAAUGGGUUGGGCAGGAAAUAUUGAACCAACAUGGGAUAUACCUACAGUUAUAUCUGAUAAUAGUGAUAAAAACUCAACUUAAGUUAGUAAAAAUUACAAUGAAUAACUUGACUUUUGUAUAGGAAACGAUGCUUUAUAAUAGUAAGUAAAGACUUAUCCAAUAAAAAGUGGUAUAAUUACAGAUUGGAUUCUUAUGGAAAAAUUUUGGCAUAAAAGCAUUUUUGAUUAUUUAAGAUGUGAUCCUGAUGAAACAAACUUUAUAUUAACAGAACCACCAAUGAAUCCUCCCGAAAAUAGGGAAAGUAUUGCAGAAAUAUUUUUUGAAACUUUUAAUGCAAAUAGUAUUUAUAUUGGAGUACAAGCAGUUUUAGCUUUGUAUUCAAACUAAGUACACGAAUAACAUAGUAGUACUGGAAAUCAACUUACUGGUUGUGUUUUAGAUUCUGGGGAUGGUGUAACUCAUAUAAUUCCUGUGAGUGAUGGAUUUGUAAUUGGAAGUUGUAUCAAACAUAUUCCUUUAGCAGGAAGAGAUAUAACUAAGUUUAUUUCUUAAAUGAUAAGGGAUAGAGGAGAAAAAAUUGAUAUUGUGGAUUUAACAAGAGUUUCUAAUGAAAUUAAAGAAAAAUAUGGAUAUGUUGCUGAAAAUGGAUUAUUAUAAGAAUUCACAAACUUUGAUAAACCUUCUAAAAGUGGCAAAUAGUCAAAUAAAUUUAAAUAGUUCUCAUUCGAAAGUAGCAAAGAUAAAAAGAAGUAUAGUAUUGAUAUUGGUUAUGAAAGAUUUUUAGGGCCUGAAAUGUUUUUCUAUCCAGAGUUUUUUGACUCAAACUGGAGAAUGUCAAUUGAUGAAUGUAUUGAUAAUGCUAUUUAAGGAUCCCCUAUAGAUACUAGAAGAAAUUUAUAUAAUAAUAUAGUUCUAUCUGGGGGUUCAACUUUAUUUGAUGGAUUUUCGACUAGAUUAUAAAAAUAGCUUCAAUAAAGAGUGGAUAAUAGAUUAUAAAGAUUUUCUAUUAGGAAUAAUAAUAAAAUUCCUGAACCAAUUUCUGUAAAAGUUGCCUAAAAUCCUUAUUAAAGAUUUUCUGUAUGGCAAGGAGGAAGCUUAAUGGCAGUUAAUCCUGGAUUUUAAAAUAUAUGUAAGACUAGAAAAGACUAUUAUGAAUAUGGACCACAAAUAGUAAGAUGUAAUGCAGUAUUAUCAUAAGGAAUGUGA